AUGUGCUUUCAUGCGGUUUACCCAGAUUUCAUAGAUUACUGUCUGAUUGCGUGCAGUGAGGACCAUCUUUUCAACGUAGUCCCAGUUGCGCUCCCGUUAACACUGAAAGAGUGGCCACCAGUGCGAGAAGGAGAGGUUAUUUUAGUUGUUCAGCACCUUAUCCCACGAACCGAGGUUUUUGCAACGAAUUCAGCCGCUUCGGUGGGCGAUGUAGAGGAAACACCGGAUGACGGGACGUUUGAAAGUAUACAUAGUAACGAGACUCCUAACUACACUCAACAGCACCGUUUUGAAGAAGUUCUACGAUGCUUCAAUGAUUUAUAUUAUUUAAAAGCAAAUGGAAUCGAGCAGACCUCAGGGUGCCCUGCGUUUAACGAGUUCGGUCAACUGGUUGGCCUACAGUCGCAAAGUCAUACAGACGGUGAAGGUAUUGUCAACCGUGUACUCUCCAUUGUUCCCAUAAUCCAACAUCUCUUUGCUAAUAAACAGCUAUAUCGAUUUUCAAAGCUUCAAGGUCAAACCCUGACUUUUAAUGCCAUCUGGGAGACGUGGUAUUCCGAAAAGAACCCCUCACGCAUUGGAUUAAUAUUGGCAAACUUUAGACAAAAGGAUGCAGCGCGUCAAGUUUUCAAGAAAUUGACAGAGAUGUCUCAGUCCCUAGAGUUUACAGAGGAAUUCUCCAUUUUCGAAGUGAUCUUGAGUAACAUUUGCAUAUUCCGUGACGAAGAAGCACUUGUAGGAAUGGGUCUUCGGGCACUAUGGAAGUUAAGUGUCGGGAAAGAGUCCUGCGCGAACAAUAUCAUUGAAAAUGGUGGAAUCAAAAUUGUAGUAGAUCUUAUGCAUCAAUAUUCAUAUAACACUAGCAUAUUACAGUAUGGGGUGGUAAUUUUGUACAAUACCGCCUCAAUACUUAUCGGCCAAGCACCACAAUACCGCUUAUCUAUCGAUAAUGAUAGUGGGGAUUUUUUUAUUACAAAUGACGGCAAUACCGAGUUGUUAGUAGCAACGGCGAGCUCUUCGGAAACGUACACUUCAUACUUCUCAAGCUUUUUUGGAAUUGAAGUGACAGAAUUGGUUCUUGAGUCGAUGAAAAAGUUCCCCGAGGAGAUGGUCUUGCAGAAGUUCAGCUUAGAAUUUCUGUCUAUUUUAUUGCGGUGCAACAAUGAAACUGGGAUGUACAUGUUACAGGAAGAAACUAUCGAACACGUGUGUUUCCUCAUAAAGCACCAGCACCAGAACCUUUUCCUGAUGGAGGCACUUAUGGGGUGCAUCGGGAACCUAGCUGAGGGUAAGCAUUUUGUCGACUCUGUCAAUUCCUCUUGUCAUUCUGUGAUGCAGCUUGUCAACCCAAUUAUCUCUUUAACGCUUGAGUACCUGGAAAAUAGAAAAAUUCUAAAGGCCGCAAGUGAUAUGCUGUGGGCCCUUGGCAACAAUCCAGCGUUUCGAAUGAGUAUUCUUAAAAAUCCUCACGGAUAUGAAGUACUUUUUCAGUCCACAUCGGUUUUUAGCAGCGCUGUGAUUUAA